AUGGAGCUCCAAUUGGGUCUUUCUCUGGCUCUUCCAGUUCACAAUCCUGUUAAAGGGUUUGACAUGAGCAACCGUGGGGAUGGGGUUGAGAAGAAAGAGAUAUUGGUGGGUUUGGAAAGCAUAAAAAAACAAGUUCGAAACAAGCGCAGUUUUGAUGUGGCUUUUGAUGAGAGUGCCGGAAAUGAGUCUAAAAUGUUGCCCUUGUUAUUGUGGAGUGGCCAGCCAAAUGAGGAAGAUGAUGAGAAAGGGCAAAAGAGAAGAGACUCUGUCAGUGUCAUUACCAAAAAUGAAGGAGAAGGAAACCAUGUAGUUGGGUGGCCACCAAUAAAAUCAUGGAGGAAAAAGAUGCUUCAUCAACACCACUCCGUCGGCCAUGAUCAUCAUCAUCAUCAGUACCCUCAUCACCAGAAUCAGUUAUUGGUAGCUAAUUCCAUGUCCAUGUUGGUAAAGGUGAAGAUGGAAGGGGUGGGAAUUGUGAGGAAGAUCGAUAUAAGGCCUCAUCACUCUUAUCAGACGCUCAAAGACACCUUGAUAACCAUGUUUUCCAAAUGCAAAAGAUCAGGUGGCAAAGAGGGUGGCGCAGGUGCAGAAUAUAUACUUGCUUAUCAGGACAAACAAGGAGCUUGGCUGCUCGUUGCCGAUGUUCCCUGGCAAACCUUCAUCAAGUCCGUGCAGCGCCUGCAGAUACUGAGGAAUGGAUGUUGA